CGGAGGAGGCACAGAGCAGAGGAGCCGGCAGCUGACAGCACACUGCAGCCCUGCUGUUGUCACCAUGAGGGCCGUGCUCUGGGACCUGCUGCUGCUCUGCCUCUUUGCCCGUGCAAGGAGUGACUGUCGAGGGGAUUGCCUGCACUGCGACCGCCACUUCUACCGGGAUGGCUUCGACCUUCUCGUCUGCAUCCUGGAGUGCGAAGGCGAAGCCGUCCCGCGGGCCACCUGGGAGAUGUGUGCCACCAGCAUCCGAUCUGCGCCGCGUCCAGGUGCUGUCGGUGCCGGCGUCCUCGGUGCCAUGGAGCCGGCCGAGGCGGUGGCGAGCCCGCUGCAGGUAAGCGAGCUGCUGCGGCGCCGGGACGCCGAAGACGGAGGUGCCGGGAUGGCGCCGGGCGCUUUCCCAUCGCAGGACGAGGACAUUUCCCGGCGGCUCGGAGGUGGCUUCCCACGGGGGACACGCGGCUCGUGGCCGGCGGCCCGUGGGGUGCAGAAGAGAUACGGGGGCUUCAUCGGGGUGCGCAAAUCGGCGCGGAAGUGGAACAACCAGAAGAGGUUUAGCGAGUUCCUGAAGCAGUACCUGGGCAUGUCGCCCCGCUCCAGUGAGUACGACAUGGCCGGCGACCUCAGCGAGCACAACGAGAUCUAGCCGGCCCCGCGGCACCGCGCCAUGGACACGCGCGCCAUGGCCAAAAAGUCAAUCCAUUGCCCCAACCCCAAAACCUCCGUUAGGAAGGGUUUCUCCAGGAAGCGAUGGCUGCUUGUUGGUUUUUUUUUAUUAUUAUUAUUUUGUUUUGUUUUGUUUUUCACUGUACCCUCAAAAUAUCAUAAUUUUACCCCCUCAGCUCCUACCCAUCCUUUGCCCCUUUUGCUUUUUUUGGUUGGCACGUUUGGCCCAAGAAACACCAAUUUUGCUCCGCUGAAUGGCGAUGCUGGAUCUUGGGAUGCUCCAGUGCUGUGUUCCCCAUUCCUAAUGGGUGCACAUCAAAAACAGAAGGGAAAAAAAUAAUGGCUUGGAAACACCAAGCCCCAAGGCUGGGCUGUGAGUUCCUACCUCAGUGACACUCCAGAAAUAUCCCUUUGCCAUAGGUCACAUUGGGAUGUAAGGCAAAAGGGUUUUGUCCCCAACACCAUAAAAGUGUGCAGAAUGUUUCAGCCUCCUCCUCCCAUUAGAAAAAAACAAAAAAGACCAUAAACCAGACCUGUUGCUUCUGUAAAUGAGAUGACUCUCCCCCAAAGCAUCGCAUUGGCAAAACCCAGUGGUGAGCGGGGAGCACCCCCCUGGGCCCAGGAAACGGUGCUGGGAUGCUCCGAGCCCCCACCCCACAUCCAACCACACCCUGUAACAUUGAAAUUAAGUAGAAUUUUUUAUUUCCCUCCUCCUUUAUUAUUAUUUUUGCCUUUUUUUUUUUUUUUUUUUUUUUUUGCUGCAAAGCAUCUCCUUAAAACCAGGGGAUUCCUUUCCAGCCCCGCAGCCCGUAGGGCAGAGCAUCCUGAGGCAAAGCAUCCCGGGACAAAGCAUCCCGGCCCCUCUCUUGCACUGCUCUCAGCUGCAAUUAUUAUUAUUAUUUUUUAUUAUUAUUAUUAUUUUUAUUUUUUCUGUUUUGUUUUGUUUUUGUUUUUGUUUUUGUAGCGUUCCGGCACCGCGUCCCGGCACCUUCCGCCAGGCACAGGCAAAAUUAAACCCUGCUCCUGUCCACCCAAGCAGCCUCCAACCUCUCUCUGACGGACCCCAAAGCGCUUCAGACUCGCACGCGUCCCGAAAUCAUUUUUCUCCCUUCUCGAGAGCAGCCAACCGGGUGCAAUUUAAGCCAGGACGGGAAAGGAUGAGGCCACCGCCGGAGCCAGGAGUCGUGGGGUGGGGAGUGGGGCAGAGGACUGCGGGGAUUGGGAGGGGGGUCCACCCCUCAAAAAGCAAAAAAAAACCCAACAAAAAAAAGGGAUUUUGGCAAAAUUUGCGCCCUGCUCGGCCAUUGGGAACACCCAACGUGGGAACACCCAACAUGGGAACACCCAACAUGGGAAAACAGUGAUUUAACAAGUUUUGUUUUACUCCCCCUCCCAAGUGGCUUUCGGGCAUCCCCCUCCCAGCAUCGCGUGCCCCCCCUGGGGCUCCCCACAGGAUUUACCCCCAGCAUUUGGGGUUUGCAUCCCACCACGGCUCGGUUCCCAAAAAACAAAAGGGACCAAAGCAUGACCCAGCACCCAGGGCUGGGCAGAAAGCACCUGGAAAUGGUGUUGGUUGGUUGUUUUUUUGUUUUGUUUUGAUUUCUUUUCAUUUAAAAUGAUUUUUAUUUUGUAAUUACUAUUUUCUGAGUGCUUUCCUUGAGGUUUUCUAUGGACUCCGGGGUUGACUUCUUUGCUCAGCAUCGCAGCGUGUGUUUUCGUCGCGUUCCCCCCGGCAUGUAUUGUGUCCCCGCUGCCGUCCCACCACCGGAGCCCUGGUCUCACCCUUUGUACAAAAUAAUAAUGGUAAUAAUAAUAAGAAUAAUAAUAAAUACCCCACAAAAAAGGAAACAAAACAAACAAACAGAAGCCCACACAACAACAACAACAACAACA